ACAAAGUUUACAAGUGUUGAUAAGUAUUCUAAAGCUUUUACAAGUAUGUGGGGUGCGAAAGAUAACCCCAAGAAGAUGUUCCAUGACUACUACCAGUCUGGAGCCGAAGGAGAGCACACUCUGAACACCACUAGAGAUGCCUUCAACUCAAUCAAGCUGAAAGCCAGAGCUUUGGGCGAUGCUGACGCAUUCAAAGGCACUGAAACCACAUUCCUUGGCCACAAGAUAGCGUCUCCUAUCUGUCUGGCUCCAACAGCGUUCCACAUGCUAGUGAACCCUGAGGGAGAAUGUGCCACUGCAAGAGCAGCAGCUGGCACCAAGACAUUGCAGUGAUUGUCAACCUGGUCGAACUGAUCUCUCGAGGAAGUUGCUGAAGCUGCUCCGGAUAAUCUCAGAAUCUUGCAGUGCUACUUCUCAAGAUCAGAUGAAGUCAACAAAGAUAUUUUCGAGCGUGCAGAAAAGGCUGGUUACAAAGCCCUUGCUGUUACAGUGGAUACCCAGAUCCUUGGGAACAGAGAGGCUGAUGCUGAGAACAAGUUCUCUCUCCCAAAAGGUAUAAAGAUGGGCACUAUUGCUAAGUAUACCUCUACUCAUGUGACAGGAGUAGAAGGAUCAGGACUUGAUGAGUACGUUAGAAAAUAUAAGCAUAAUGGAUUCACUUGGAAAGAUAUUUUAAAGAUCAGACAAUUCACCUCCCUCCCAAUUAUCCUCAAAGGUAUCCAAUGUAAAGAAGAUGCUGCCAAAGCUGUCGAGUAUGGUGCUGAUGCCAUCUGGGUCUCCAAUCACGGAGCUAGGCAACUUGAUACCACUCCUGCUUCCAUCGAGGUACUCGAGGAAUGUGUCCAAGGAGUUGAUGGUAAAAUCGAAGUCUACUUUGAUGGUGGUGUCAGAAGAGGCACUGAUGUACUCAAAGCACUAGCUCUUGGAGCCAGUGCUGUGUUCAUUGGCAGACCACAGCUUUGGGGGCUUGCUAUUGACGGACAGAAAGGAGUCGAAGACGUCCUCAAGAUCUUGAACAGUGAACUGCAGAGAUCAAUGAUUUUGACAGAUUGUCAGGAAGUAAAAGACAUCACCAAGGAGAGAGUGAUCCACUCAGCAUACUGCUCUCCAAAAUAUUUGACUGCGAAGAUAUAAAGGUAGUAUGUUCAAUUAUUUAGAUAUCUA